CAUGCGCUGUUUUCAACACACGGCGGCUUCACAGACUGAGCUCAUACAUGCUAACUAGCUGAAUCAUUUGCUUCAAGUCUCGUUUUGUUUCUUGUGAUUGUACCUGUACUGCAGUGCAAUGGCGGCACGAUAUGACAGAGCCAUUACUGUCUUUUCUCCCGAUGGUCAUCUCUUUCAAGUAGAGUAUGCGCAGGAAGCUGUGAAGAAAGGAUCCACAGCGGUGGGAAUCAGAGGGAAAGACAUCGUUGUCCUUGGUGUUGAGAAGAAAUCGGUUGCAAAGUUGCAGGAAGAAAGGACCGUACGUAAGAUAUGUGCCCUGGACGAGCAUGUCUGCAUGGCGUUCGCAGGUCUGACAGCAGAUGCCCGUAUCGUGAUAAAUAGAGCUCGGGUUGAGUGCCAGAGCCACAGGCUAACUGUUGAGGACCCAGUCACUGUGGAAUACAUCACACGCUACAUAGCUACACUGAAACAGCGAUACACUCAAAGCAACGGGCGCAGGCCAUUUGGCAUCUCUGCGUUAAUUGUUGGCUUUGACUACGAUGGGACUCCCAGGCUGUAUCAGACAGACCCAUCAGGAACCUACCAUGCCUGGAAGGCAAACGCAAUCGGCCGCAGCGCAAAAACUGUACGAGAGUUCCUGGAGAAGAAUUACACAGAUGAAGCCAUUGCUGGAGACAAUGAGGCAAUCAAGUUGGCUAUCAAAGCCUUGCUCGAGGUUGUCCAGUCAGGAGGGAAAAACAUUGAACUUGCUGUUAUCAGACGGAAUCAGCCACUGAAGAUUUUGGAAUCCAAGGAAAUUGAGACCCUAGUGGCUGAGAUUGAGAAAGAAAAAGAGGAAGAGGCAGAGAAGAAGAAGCAGAAAAAGUCCACUUGAAGCAGUUAACCAAGAGGUUUUUCUUUAUUGCACUUGGACGACGAUAGCAUAUUUAGGUUGAAGAUAUUGGACCGUGUCAGAAGGCUUACUCCUCGAUUUAUGUAAUUGCAAAGAGCUAAAUCAUAACUCCAGAUCUGUCGAUGUAUGCAUGCAUGUUUUGAACACAUUUUACAUCAUUGUUACUACUGUCUAAUUCCUCUACUUUCAGCUCUUGAGUUAACUGAUGUUUAAAAGCACGUACAUGGAUCUCAAGUUAUGAUUUAGAUCUUUUAAAAUAUGCUUACAUUUUUAUAUCAUUCACCAAACAGCCCUGAUGGUGAUGAAUCUCACAUGUUGAAAUAAACUGUUGGCAACAUUCAGAAACUCAAUGCUCAAUAAAAGCUGACUUGUUUGUAA